ACAACAAUUCCCGCGCUUUUCCUUGUGGCUGACUGGUGGAGCUGCCCUGGAGCAGUGUUGUCUAGGUAACUCCUGUAGUAUUGGCAAAAUGGGUACUACGACGGAUGUGGUUAUCGACCAGCGUAUAAGGGACAUACAAAGAGAAUACCUGGAAUUUCUAGAAGAUGAUGAGGAUACUGGAGUGUAUACUCAGCUUGUGCGUGAUAUGGUGGCUGAUGGGGACUGCCGUCUCAUUGUUAACAUCAACGAUCUUCGUAAAAAGAAUAAUCAGCGUGCCACUGGGCUUUUGAAUUCUGCUUACGAAGAACUGCCAGCAUUUCAUCGUGCCCUAAAGGAGUUUGUAGCAUCGGUUGACAUUAACUAUGCCAAGACACAAGAAGAACUCUUUGUUGGAUUUGAAGGGAGCUUUGGCAGUAAACAUGUUUCUCCUAGAACACUGAAUGCAAGAAAUCUUGGAAAUUUAGUGUGUGUGGAAGGCAUUGUUACAAAAUGUUCGUUGGUACGGCCAAAAGUUGUACGGUCUGUUCACUACUGCCCUACUACAAAAAAGACUUUAGAAAGACGCUAUACAGAUAUGACGUCUUAUGAUCCAUAUCCAUCCUCGGCUUUAUAUCCAACACAAGAUGAAGAUGGCAAUCUAUUGGAGACUGAAUAUGGACUUUGUUGUUACAAGGAUCAUCAAACUAUAACAAUCCAGGAAAUGCCGGAGAAAGCCCCCGCUGGCCAGUUACCACGUUCUGUUGAUAUUGUGUUGGACAAUGACCUGGUAGACAAGUGUAAACCUGGAGAUAGAAUUCAGGUUGUAGGUAUCUACCGUUGUCUUCCUAACAAGCAAGGCACCUUUACUAGUGGAACAUUCCGCACUAUCAUGUUGGCAAAUAAUGUUAUUUCUAUGAAUAAAGAAGUUUCGCCACACAUCUCGACAGAUGAUGUCCAUAAAUGCAAGAAAUUUUCAAAACAAAAGGGAACUGAUGUAUUUGAGUUGCUAUCCAAAUCUCUGGCACCCAGUAUCCAUGGCCAUGAUUACAUUAAAAAAGCUCUCCUGUGUAUGUUGCUUGGUGGUGUUGAGAAGAUACUUCCUAAUGGUACCAGACUGAGAGGUGACAUCAAUAUCCUGCUGAUCGGUGAUCCAUCUGUGGCUAAAUCUCAGUUGUUGCGGUAUGUACUUCAUACUGCUCCACGUGCCAUCACUACCACUGGCCGAGGGUCCUCUGGUGUUGGUCUUACAGCUGCAGUUACUACUGACAAUGAGACUGGUGAAAGAAGGCUGGAGGCUGGGGCAAUGGUUCUUGGUGACCGUGGAAUUGUGUGCAUUGAUGAAUUUGAUAAAAUGAGUGAUAUGGACCGAACAGCUAUUCAUGAAGUGAUGGAACAAGGCAGAGUCACUAUUUCAAAAGCUGGUAUCCAUGCUAGUCUCAAUGCACGGUGCUCAGUUUUGGCUGCUGCUAACCCAGUAUAUGGUCGAUACGAUCAAUAUAAAACUCCAAUGGAAAAUAUUGGUUUGCAGGACUCACUACUGUCACGUUUUGAUUGUCUUUUUAUCAUGCUAGAUAUUGCAGAUCCUGAAAGUGACAGAAAAAUCUCUGAUCAUGUAGUGCGAAUGCAUCGUUACAGAUCUCAACAUGAACAAGAUGGCGAAGCUCUUCCCAUGGGCAUUGGAGUGGACAUAUUGUCAACGCACAAUCCUGAUAUUGUCGAAGAUGAGGAAACAGAGACUCCGAUUUAUGAGAAAUAUGAUGCUCUUCUUCACGGCAGUCUCCGGUCAAAGAAAGAUAAAAUUGUAAGCAUCAAGUUCAUGAGGAAAUACAUCCAUAUUGCUAAGAGUAUUAAACCUACUCUUACUCGAGAAGCUUGUGAAGUUAUUGCUGAAGAAUAUUCUAGGCUUCGAUCCCAGGACACACAACAUUCAGAUAUGGCACGAACGCAACCUGUAACUGCUCGUGCCUUGGAGACACUUAUUCGUUUGUCUACUGCCCAUGCCAAAGCCAGACUCUCUCGUGUUGUAGGUGUGGAAGAUGCAGAAGCAGCCAUUGAGAUGGUAUCCUAUGCUUACUUUAAAAAAGUGAUGGAAAGGAAAAAGAAGAGCAGAGGUGAUGAUGAAAGUGCAACAGAAACUGAAGAUGAAGGGGAGGAGGAAGGUGGUAGAAAGAGGAAGAGAAGGCCUACGGGUGACUCCGAGAAAAAAUCAAAGAAACCAAAGAAGAAGCCUGGCGAUGAAGGAUAUGACCCAUAUGACAUAGAGAGUGCAGAGGAGGAUACUGAGCCUAUGUCUCCAUCAUCUGCCUCAGUACGAAGUGCUGUCAGCAAAGCCUCCAAGCCCAGUGCAGAAUCUUCAUCUUCCUCUACACCUAAAAGAAUCAGUGCGGGUAGACUGGAAAGUUUCAAAGCAUCUUUAUUAAAACUAAUGAAAGAGGAGCGAGCUCAAACAUUAGCUAUGACAAGAGUUGUAGAGUUCAUUAAUGCUGAACAUGUGUCCGAACCCUUUACGCAAGAAGAUGUUGAUGCUGCUAUUGAAAUGAUGACUGAUGCUAACCAGAUAAUGGUUUCAGACGGUCUGCUUUUCUUAGUUUAGACAUACCAAAUGUAAUAAAUACCUUUUGCUAUGUAAAGAUUGAGUGUCACCAAGAAAUGGGAUCUUCUCAGUAGUUUAUAAGACUUAAAUAUAUUUUGUACAUUCACAUUUGUUAUUUUAAUGUCUACGUUUUUUUUCCAUUUUAUAUCUGUUAACAAACUUAAAAUUUUAGUGUACCAUGUUAGUAUGAUAAAAAUAAAUUGUGAAUAAAUAAUUGGUGUUUAUUUGGAAUAUAUUUUUUUUACUGUGCUAGAAUUAGAUGGCAAUAAAAAAUCCUGAAAAUAGUUCUUUGGAGAGGCAAAAAAAGUUAACAUAAGGUAAUUAUAAGUCUUAAAGAAGAUGGUGUUAUACAAGACAAUGGCAAGAAUGAUUAGGAAUUGUGUGCGCUGGAAACAUUUUGUUGAAUACUCUGUGGUUAACAAGGUUUGUGUAAAUUCGAUAAACAAAAUGUUGAAGGGUACAUUACUUACAAACUACCCGAUAUCCAAGCAUAACUUUCUCUCUACAUCUAAGAAAGAAAAUGUACAUGAAAAAGAUGUAGCUUAUAUUAGGAAAUAAAUACUUGAAUAGAA